GUGUCUUUUUAAUGUUGCUCACAAGACGCUGAUCGAAAACUUUCGGUAACCAAAAUAGUGGGAAGAGAAACAUGUAGACUAAAAGAAACAAUUCAUUUGCAGAGUGAGAAGAAUUUGUCAUUUCGAUACCGGAAUACAUAUUUACUCAAUGGAACGUGAUAUAAGUGACAGCGAGUUGAGCGACGACGGCUCGUAUGCAUCGGUGAAUUACCCAGACGACUACUACCAGGAGGGUCUGGAUCCAUAUGAGGACAUUGAAUGUGAACAAGAACCACACCUUCCAAAUGUCAUAUCUGUACACCAAGAGUGUUCAAUCCCCACAUCUUCAGAUGAAAAUCAUUACCCACAUAAAAGAGCAUUGGACUCCUCUUCAAUGGAGUCACCACAGCUCAAAAUCCCAAAGCUUGCUAUCCCAUCUUCAACAGAAAGAAAAACCCUGUCAAAACAGCCAUGGAAAACAGAGAAAGACCCUGAUGAGGCUCCUGCUAAUUUGAAAUUUGCCCCAGCCAGGCAGCCGGGAGUACAACUAGAAGACCCAUCAUGCGAAAGCACUCCCCUGGACCUUUUCAAACUUUUUUUCAGCAAAACCACUGUUGAAACCAUUUGUGACAAUACUAACAAACAGGCUGCUAUUAACAUUAAGAAUGGGAAAAAAUAUAAAUGGGAAGAUGUUACCAUUGUUGAGUUUUACAAAUUUAUUGGCCUGGUUCUCUUCAUUGGUCAGUUGAAGCUGAACAAGCUAAUUGAUUACUGGAGGAAUCUGAGCAUUUUCUCAGUGCUUUCUCCAAAUGCGUUGAUGUCAAGGGACAGGUACCGAGUCAUCGCACGGAACAUUCACUUGAGUGAUCCAGGGGAGGCUGCUGUCAAUUACAGGACGAAGAAAAGCUUUGACUGUGACAGGUUGUUUCGAAUAAAACCUUUAAUGAAUGAAAUCUGUCAUGCCUGCCGGUCCAAUUACCACCCACGGAAAAACCUGUCUAUACACGAAAGGCUUGUUCCAUUAAAUGCCAAAAAAGGGUUAUUAGCAGAUAGCCAGACAAAGUCCAUUAACAGGGAUUUCAAGAUGUUUGUCUUGACUGACUCCAGCAAUGGCUAUACUGUGGACUGUGUUAUUUUCAGUGACAAAGCCACAUUCCCAAAUGGUUACGGGAUGGCUUAUGAUGCAGUGAUGUCACUCAUGAGACCCUCUUUCCUUGGAUCAGGAUACCAUCUCUACCUGGACAACUUCUUCUCCAGUCCAAAACUAUUCAAGGACUUACUAGUCCUGAAAAUGGGAGCAUGUGGUACCAUGCUGGAAGGCAGAAGAGGGUUCCCAAGAUCAGAAGAAAAUGCACUGACCAAGAAAUCCCCUAGAGGAUCUUUACGCUGGAUGAGGGAGGGCUCCCUGCUCUUUGUGAAGUGGAAGGAUACCAGGGAAGUGUCGACGGCUUCCACCAUUCAUCAGGCAUAUGGAGGGGACACUGUAGACAGACGAGUAAAAAACAAGGAUGGCAGCUGGACUCUUAAGUCAAUUCCAGUCCCUGCACCGGUUCUGGCUUACGAUCAACACAAGAAAAGUGUAAACUCUUCAGAUCAGAUGAAUCAAUACUUUUCAGACCAACCGGGUAUAAUGGGGGGGUAUAACUUCUUAUUCUUUCACUUUCUGGACAUGGCGGUGACUAACAGUUAUGGAAUACAUGUGGAGCUGUGCAAGAAGGACACUACUGCGCCCAUGACCCGACAUGCCUUCAUCGAAGAGCUUACAACUACACUCUGUGGAAUGACUAUUACCCUGCGGAAAGAAUUGAAAUGGAGAAAUACACGAUUGAGAAGGAAAACUACACAUGUACCAGUCCUUGUCGAAAUGCCAAUUCCUGUCAGGAAGCAGUCUUAUGUCAAAAAGGUACUGAAGAGGUGCUUGCAGUGCAAGAAGAAUGGAGUCAAUAUAGAUUCUCAAUGGAAGUGCCAAGAGUGCCAGGUAGCCCUCUGCAUCAACCCUGAUAGAAAAUGCUUUCAUGAAUGGCACCAGUGAAGCCCCUUUGAGUUGAGCACCACAGUGGAGGACAAAAUAUUUGAAUUGAACGAGCACCUGCUUGUCAGUUUUACAAAUAUUGUCACUUUUGGGACAACAAUGUUUUGAUGUGUUAGUCAUAGUACAUUGUUGUUUUAUUUGCUUGGAGAGAAGUGCACAUUUUGUACGGAGACUGGAAAGUAUGAUUAUACAUAAUUAAAUUCACUGGUCUUUCCCUUUUCCCCAUAAUAUUUGAUUUGCCAACUGAAGAACAGCAUAUCCCGAAUGUUUUCCUUUUAAAAUGAUCAACUAAAACUUACUUGGAGCUUAAAUGGUUGGGGAAGAACAGUUUAACCUUUUAUUUUUUUUUCUGUCUCUUCUAGAAUCUUUUACUCUGAUAAAACAUUGUAAUACAUUAAUGCCUUAAAUGCGGGUUCACAAGAGUCAUAUUGACAGUCCUACAGAACAAAAACCCAAUCCCAUGACUACAGUCCACCUUAAAGAGUUGACAGUACAAUGCAAUGUGAAUGUACUAAAGUCUUGUUGGGUUAAUGUCAUUUUUUGAGUUUGCAUUUUCUCCCAGAUAAGGAAUUACCACUUAAUUGUACAUUUUAGGAGCAUUCAUCUAUAAAUGUAAAAACAGGUGUUUAUUUCACUUUUUACUCUCUCACGUUUGUUUUCAACUUGCAUCUUUUGGGUUUAAGCAUUGUGAAGACGUAGGGCCAGAAUGUAUCCAAUAUCAGAUCUUGCUCAUGCGCUUAAGAAUGUUUAUUUGUAACUGUCUGGUUAAUUGCCUGACACAAGCAGAAAUAACUAAAGUCGAACACAAUAGAUCUGAGAAUAAUGUAAAUAAUAUUGAGGUUCUUUUGAUAAGCAAUUCAUGGUCUAUAUGUGGUAUAAAAGACAUGACUCACAAAUACAUAGCAGAGCCUAUUUUUUGUUUUGUUGCAAAGCUGAAAUUAAAGUACAUUUUCUAUUAGCUGACAAGUUCUGCGUUUGCUGUGAAUGAAGUGUCUGCUAACAUGGAUACAUUGCUUUUGACAGUUGCGUUAUAACAAAUAUUCUGCGCCAUGGAUUUAGUUGACCCAUUGACUGUUUUGAAUUUAAUGUGAAUAAAAAAAAAAACAAUUUCUGGUUAGACUGGUAGUUCAUUAUUCUAUCGUUUUCAGUUGCUUUGUUUGUUACCAUUUUUGGUUGAUUAAGAAACCUGGCUGAGCGCUCAUUGUGCUUGUCAAUACACUUGGCCUAAAACUUGUUGGUUUUCUGGUAUACUCUAUUUUGUUACAUUUGUUACAUGAUCCAUUAAUUCUUUUUGUCAACUGUUUUAAUAUACCUGUUAGUAUGGUUGAUAUUAUUUUGGUCCAAAUCACAUUCCAUGAUUAAUACAUUCCUUCAUUAA